AUGACCGUUGACGAAGCGCCUACGUUAUCUGCGUCAGAACUACGCAUGCAGAAACUGAGAGAAUACUUGGCUGAGAAGGGGAGAUUAAAACCUCCAAACCCAAAGCCCUACCUUCGUGAUAAAAUCCCAACUAAAAGGUUGGCUGGCACCACCUCAGAAUCUCACCUUCCAGGAAAAGGGAAGGAGAACUGUGAGCCAGAUUCCUCUGCUCUGAGAAAAGCCUGUGUGAGAAAGCCUUUAGCGGAGAGAAGAAAACAGCUCUGUGUGGGGAUGAACAUCAGGGAAUCAAAAGCAGCGGGAAACACGAAGUUCAGGGGGCCAUUACAGCAUCAUUCUGUUUCUCAAGACACAAAAUUUGACUGCAGUUCCAGCUCCUCCGAGAAGGUGAGGAAACCCAUCCAGAUUCUUCCCAACACCAGGGUUAUUGUCGGGGAUGUAUCGGAUAUCAGAAAUCAGACCAGGAAAGCAUCUCUGAACACACACAUUAAGGCUGAAGAGAAACCUGACACCAGAACAGUCGCCAAGGCGUCAAACCCCACACCCCCCACUCCGCUCUGCAGCAGGACCUCUGCGUUGGCAGGACAGACUGUGCCACGCCCAGCUAAAGCCAGCUGCCAGCUCAAAUUACAAGCAGAACUCAAGACCCCCAAAACAAUGGCCAAACCCGAGGUCCAGAGGGCCAGGACCGUACCUGCUCCAAGGGCACAGAAGCUGACCGCUGCCCAGGAGGAGAGACAGCGAAAACUUCAGGAAUGGCGGGAGGCCAAAGGAAUCUCGUACAAGCGGCCUCCCAUGCCGGUCCGGCAGCGUCGCAGGAAGACGGUGGCCCUGCCGGUCCCUUACUGGGCCUCCAUGGAGGAGGAGGACGAGGCUCACAGCUUGGUCUGUGCCGUGGAGCGUUCACUGGCAGACUGCGUCAAACUCCUGCAGGAGGGCUGCCCCUCUGAGCAGGUGCGAGAUGUGCUGUCCAGGGUACCCAUGGCCAAGGGCUUCUCUAAAUACUGGAUCUGUCAGGCCAAGCUGAAGGAGCUGGACGGAGACCUUGACGUCCUGCCUCUGUUUGAGGAGGCGGUGCGUGUGGUCCGAGAGCCCGUGGACGAACUGAGGUCUGUGGUGUUUGAAAUACUGAAGAAAAAGGAAAAGCAAGGUAAUGCACAGGAGGAUGAUAACGAUGAGAGUCAAAAUGGAGACGGAAUACAACAGCAGCAGCGGGACCUCCUGUCCACUCCCAAACCCGUCCGCGUUCUGAUCCAGAGUAGCCAAGGAGGCUCGUCGGUGGUCAAAUACAAGGUCACGGCCACUCCUGGGGGAUUCAGGAGUCAGUCAAAGGAAGCUGUCCGAAUGGAUGGGCAGGAAGUUCGAUUCUUCACGCCCGUUCGGCGAUCAGUGCGUAUCGAGAAGACCGCCUUGCAUUACCCGACGGCUCUGCAGGAGCAUGACCUCUGCGUGUCUUCAUGCUGCGACCUUUUGUCAAAGGGGGAGGACCUUGAGAAAGAGUGUGUCUCACCGUCCCAGAAUUCCCCCCUCUACAUCUAUCGAGAAAACGAGGCACUCCAAGACCAGGUCCAUCUAAAACUGGUCUUUCCAGAGGAGACUAAUAGUCUGUAA